GGAGUAAUGACAGCUGAGCACAACAAACGAUCCGUAUCUAGACAACAGGACACAUUUUCCCUAUCAAUUUCCCGCAUUUCUACUUCAGAAACUUGGUGUUUUUACAAAAUUCCGAAGAACUGCGUGUGAAAGAAUAUUGAAGUUGAAUACACAGUGAUUAAAUAUGCCGAAAAGUGCACUAGUUACGGUGCGAUAUGGCCCAUAUCGAGCGUGUGGCAUCGUUGAACACCGAACAUCUCGAUUGGAAGGUUUGCAAGCUCUGCUGUCAGGAGACGGUCACACCGUGGAGCUGUGCCCCAUCGAUGACUGGAAUAAAGUAGAGCUGAUUGUGAACGGGGAGACAGUGUACCGAUGCGACAUCACACAGAUGGACUAUGGGAGCGACGGUCAGUUGGACAAGUUAUGUCACGACGCAUUGGAAGCUGUCAGGAAGGCAUUCUAGAUCUCUGCAUCAGGAGGGAUACGACAUGCAGUACGCAUGGAGAUGCAUCCAAUUCCAAACACACUGGGACAAAUUGGAGACAAAUGGCCGAUAAGGAUGUGUUCUUGGAUUUUGCUUGGCCGAGAACCUGGUUCUCGUGCAUACAAGUCUAUAAUGAAAUUUGCUGAACAAAAUCAGAACCCUUUUUUUUUUUGCAGUGUUGUCACGCUCAUGCACAUAUCGCACACGCGUUCUUAAGGACUAGGCGGGCAUGUAUCUUGGAACCCCUAUUUGUCAAAGGAGCCCAGAGUGCAUGCGUUUUACCUGAGCACGACUCGCGUGAGCCCGGUGCCACCGCAGAAAAUGGCUGCCGCCCAAUUAGUCUAUAGGACUGAGGCUACAAGGAACAGUGAGCGAGUCUGGUAGCAUUCAUCUACAUUCAGUGCUAUUGGCCUCAUCACAGCUUCAGGGCACCAGACCCGGUUAAUUGCACAGUAAUGAGAUGUUCAGUUAGCUUUUCUAUCUACUAUGACCAAUUCUGUUGCUUUGGAUUUUACUUUCAAAUCGGUUCCCCCUUUGAUCUUAUUUUAAAGGCCGUUUUAAAAAGACUAUGAAAAUUACUUCACUUGUUGGGUAAAAGAAAAACCAGUUACCUUUCUUGUAAAAAAAAUGUAAAUUUUGUACAUUUUGUAAUUAAAUGACUGUAUUAAUAGAAAACUA